AUGAAUACAAGAAUAUUAUUGCUCAUGCUCUUCUUCUAUUGUGCCAAAACUACACCAACAUUUCCAUUUUCUACCACAAUCAACCAGCUGGAAAGAGGGUUCUCUUCUGGUUCUACCAAGACCACUACUGAUAAUAAUAAUCAACUUUAUGACACCAAAUAUUUCACCCAAAUUCUUGACCACUUCACCUUUACUCCUCAAAGUUACCAUACUUUUCAACAAAGGUAUCUCAUCAAUGACACAUACUGGGGUGGUGCCAAAAAUAGGUCCCCUAUCUUUGUGUACAUGGGAGGUGAAGCAGACGUUGAAUUGUUUGCUCACAACACUGGCUUCAUGUUUGACUAUGCUCCCCAUUUCAAUGCUCUUCUUCUCUUCAUUGAGCAUCGAUUUUAUGGGAAGUCAAUACCAUUUGAAGGAAAGAAAGAAGCGAGAUCAAGUUCAAAUACACAUGGGUAUUUGAGCUCAACUCAGGCAUUGGCAGAUUAUGCAACUUUGAUAAUUGAUUUGAAAAACAAUUUAACAGCAACUGACUCACCAGUGGUGGUGUUUGGAGGUUCUUAUGGAGGAAUGUUGGCAGCAUGGUUUAGGCUGAAGUACCCACAUUUGAGCAUUGGAGCAUUGGCAUCUUCUGCUCCAAUCCUCUAUUUUGACAAUAUUACUUCCCCUUAUGCCUACAAUGAUAUCAUUACCCAAGACUUUAGGAGUGAGAGUGAGGAUUGCUACAAGGUGAUCAAGGGAUCAUGGCAACUCAUUCAAGAUACUGCCAAACAGGCUGGUGGACUGGAGACACUUAGGAAAUAUUUCAGGAUAUGCAAGAAUUAUAUUGGUGUAGACAUUCUUGAACAAUGGCUUAAUACAGCAUAUAGUUACACAGCCAUGACUGAUUAUCCAACUGCUUCCAACUUCCUCAAUCCAUUGCCACCUUAUCCUGUCAAACAAAUGUGUAAAGCAAUUGAUGAUCCAAGGCAUGGAAGCAACACAUUGGAGAAGUUGUACGCAGCAGUGAACAUAUUCUACAACUACUCUGGGGAAGUCAGUUGUUUCGAUCUAAUAAAUCCUCCUGAUCCAUAUGGUCUUAGUGGGUGGACCUGGCAGGCUUGUACAGAAAUGAUAAUGCCGACAGAUGGUAAUAGGAAAGAUAGCAUUUUCCCAGCCUCGGAAUGGGACUAUAACAAAACGGCCCAACUUUGCAAAGACAUCUUCCACAUCGACCCCAGGCCCAACUGGAUUACUACGGAAUUCGGUGGCUAUAACAUCGAGAGGGUUCUGAAAACAUUCGGCAGUAACAUCAUCUUUUUUAAUGGAUUAAGAGAUCCCUGGAGUGCCGGAGGGGUUCUAAAAAAUAUAUCCAAUUCCUUAGUUGCUAUCAUUGCAAAAGAAGGUGCACAUCAUGUGGACCUUAGAUCCUCAACCAGUGAAGAUCCGGAAUGGCUAAAAGAUGUGAGGAGGGAGGAGGUAGAAAUCAUAGGGCAAUGGAUCUCUCAAUAUUAUAUGUUAUAG